AUGGGGCAGGACAUCCAGACGAGUAGAGGUAGUCCUCUGCUAUCAUCCGCCCUCACCCUCUACCUGCUGGGGGCCCUGAGCCACGCCCUGCCCCAUCCCCCGACCGCUGCCCCUCUGUCUGAGGGCCUGCCCUUCAUUGUGGUGUGGAACAUUCCCACAAUCGCCUGCCGAAAGCACGACGUUCCCCUGGACACCUCGCCGUUCCGGGCAGUCACCACGCCCGCCAAGGUGCCCGGCCAGCCCCUGAUGCUGUUCUACUCAGACCGGCUGGGGCUUUACCCGCACGUGGACGUGGGCACCAAGAGGCAGCUCUAUGGGGGCAUCCCGCAGAGAGGCAACCUCUCAGCCAGCCUGGCCAAGGCCCAGACCGACAUCUCUUAUUACAUCACCUCCGAGUCCUCCCCCGGCAUGGCCGUCAUCGACUGGGAAGACUGGCGCCCUCUGUGGGACAGGAACUGGGGCUCCAAGCAGAUCUACCGCUCCUUGUCUGUCGCCCAUGCCCGCAAGAGACACCCCUCCAUGUCGUCGGGCCAGACCGUCACCAUGGCAAAGCGGCAGUUCCAGAAUGCUGCUAGGAGCUACAUGGCGGAGACCCUGGGGCUGGGGGUUAGGCAGAGACCCAGGUAUCUGUGGGGCUUCUACCUGUUCCCAAACUGCUACAACCAUGGGUGGGCAGAGCCUGGCUACACAGGGAGGUGCCCUGUGGAGGUGCAGAGAAAAAACAAUGAGCUUCUUUGGCUGUGGGAGUCCAGCACGGCCCUCUACCCCUCUGUCUACCUGCUGUCUGCACUGGGAGGGACCCGCUGGGCAGCUCUGUAUGUCCGAAACCGCGUUCAGGAGGCCAUGAGGGUGGCUGCUUUACCCAAGAGGCCCUUCACUGCCCCUGUCUAUGUCUAUACCCGACCUGUCUUCACUGACCAGAACAGGAGCUUUCUGAACAAGGGGGACCUGCUCAACACCAUUGGGGAGUCUGCAGCUGUGGGGGCCGCUGGCUCAGUGCUAUGGGGGGCCAGUGCAGACUACGAUGGCAAGACUUCAUGUGAAGCUCUGUCCAAUUACCUGACGUCCACCCUCAACCCUUACAUUGCCAACGUGACGGCGGCAACCAAACUGUGCAGCCGGUCGCUCUGCCAGGGAAACGGUCGCUGCGUCCGGAAGAACUACGACUCCGACGACUACCUGCAUCUGAACCCCCGAACCUUCAGGAUCGUCAGAUACAACGGGAGAUACGUGGCCAUCGGGAGGCUCACCAUCGCUGACCUGGGUCUCUUCGCCAGACGGUUCACCUGCCAGUGCUACGCUGCUCAGGAAUGCGCUCCCAAACUGUCCACUCGGCUUUCCAGGAUCCCGCUGGUCAUUCACGUGUAGCACACCACAUCUUUCAAUUCACAACAAAUUGACUUUAAUUUAUAGUGGGUACACUCAAAACUGUUAAAAUAACAGGACUGGGUAUUUAAUCUUACUGACGUGUUACUUUUCUGUGUAGAAUGUAUUUAACACAUUUGAAUUAUUUAACGAUUCCUUUAUCCGUGUACAUAUUCUGUGUCUGGAAAUGACAAUACAAAUCUACGUCAGAGCUAUGAAUACAGUUGUGUGAAACUUCACAAAUCAAAUGUGAAUAAAUUAAUAAAGUAAAUUUGCAGUGG